CAUCUCCUUUCUCCAGCCAAGUAGUGCCAUCAUACAUAUUCUAUCUUGCAUCUUAUUUUUUUCAUUAUGGAAGCCAAGAAAACAAGAGGAAGGCAAAAGGUGGAAAUGAAGAGAAUUGUAAAUGAAGAUGAUAGAUUAGUCACUUUCUCAAAGCGUAGAUCCGGGAUCUACAAAAAACUGAGCGAGCUUAUCACUUUAACCGGGACAGAAGCUGCAUUCCUCGUUUUUUCACCUGGUGGUAAGCCGUUUUCAUUCGGCCACCCUUCAAUUGAAAAUGUGCUUGAUCGUUUUCUUGAGAAUCCAUCGAACGCAGAUGGCACCCACGAACUUGUGGAGGAGUAUAGGAGGGCGAGGAUCGAAGAGCUAACACAAAAGUAUGAUGAAAUGCAACAGCAGUUGGAUGACGAUAAGGAAAAAGGCAGCAAGUUGAAGGAUAAAAUACAAGGUAAUGAGAGAGGGGAUUGGUGGAAUGCUCCAGUCGAAGAGCUCAACCUCCAAGAGUUGAUUGAAUUGGAGAAGAAGUUCGAAGGCUUACGAAUGACCUUACACAGCAAGAUGAAAGACAGCAGUAAUGGUGCAUCCUCUUCACAUGCUCCAGAAGUAGGCAACCGGUCAGCAUCUCAUGCAAAUGAUUCAAACGUUGCCUCUCAUGGAAGUAAUUGGGGCGUGUGAAGUUCUGAACAACUUUGUUGAAAAGGCCUGUUACCUUUUUAGGGUUUAUGUUUACAAAGAUUUUUAAAUCUAUUGUUUUGUUUAUUUUGUUUAGUUUUAAGCUUUGUUUAUUUGGUUUUAUAUAUCUAAUUUUGUUUAUGCCAAAGUGUGGUUGUUGGAUUACAGAUAAAGAUAUAUAAAA